AUGUCACCCGCGCCCGCGCCCGCGCCCCCGCAAACCACCGCCGCACACUCGCGCCAGACGUCCACUGCGCCGCUGCCGAGCCCGACCGCGCAGGCGGCGGGCGCGCCGCAGUAUUUCGGGUCGCUAAAUCCGCAGAUGCCGGCGCAGGCGCAGUCAAGGCCACAGGGCCAAAGGCAGCAGAGCUACGAGUACAGGCCUGAUAGGACGGGCGCGGGAACGACGGCGCAGGAGACGGCGAACCUGCUCAAUUACAACGCGUUGGUGGCGGAGGCGGCGAAGAGGGCGCAGAUGGCGGUGCUAAUGAGGGAUAUGGGGGAGAUGGAGAUGUAA